AUGAGUGGUUUUGCAGAAAAUCAGUUAAAGAAGUAUGGAUGGACUAAAGGUCAAGGAUUAGGAAAAAAUGCUGAGGGAAGAAAAACACCCAUAAUUAUUACUAAGAAGAAUGAUACACGAGGGCUUGGAGAUAAUUCAGUUGAUUGGUCAUUUGAAUGGUGGAAUAAAGUAUAUACAAAAACGUUAGACAAUAUAAAAGUAUCGAAAACUUCAGAGGGGGAAGUAAAAGUUUCUAAAGUAAUCAAAGAAUCAAUAGUUCCUAAAAAUAAUAUGGGAAUUAUUAGUACAAACGAAUCACUUUAUUCUCUUACUGAUUCUUCUAAUUCUACAGAUCAAACUAUUUCGACCACGUUUUCCUCUUCAGAUAUUGAAUCAACACAUAAGAAUAGAUUUGAUGAUGAUAAAACUGAAAAUUUAUCAUCUAAUCCAAAGAUGAAAUCAUUAUUUUAUUAUGGUAAUUUUGUUAAAAGUUCAACUGGAUCAUUGGACUUAAAUGGUUGGAAUAAACCGAUAAAAAAAAUGGAAAUAAAUAAUGAAUCAAAAAGCACAGACUCUACUGAAAAAGAAAAGGUUUCAUUGUGUACAAAUCAUCUUGAUAUGUCACAAGAUGAAGAAAAACAAGAUGGGAAACGGAAACGGGAAAAAUCAAAAAAAAAGAAAAGAAAAUGUGAAGAAAACAUUAUUUUAGCCAAGAAUGAAAAAUAUAAAAAGAGAAAAAAAAAAGAGAAUGAAAGAAAGUAA